UGUAGAGUAGCGCUGUAUCAGUCACACUGUACUCAGUGAGAGAUCAGACUCCGAGAGGAACAAUGUCCAAGCUGCUGAAGAUUCUCCUCAUCUUACUGCCUGCAGUCCUGCACACAGCAAAUGGACAUUCCCUGGCAGAGCCCUUUUGGUGCAUCUGGAGUAAAGAGGAUCUCAGUGACAUGGAGCUCAUAGAGUCUUACAUCAUCAAUAAGGUUAACUACCUAGAGUAUAACAGCACUCUGGGGAAGUAUGUGGGAUACACUGAGUUAGGCAUCAAAAACGCAGACAGAUUAAACAAUGACCCUGCAGUGCUGCAAACACGAAAAGCCGAAAUGGACUCUUUCUGUAAGAAUAAUGUUGGGAAUUACUACAACAACAUCCUCAGUAAAACAGUUGAGCCCCAGGUUAAAGUGAAGUUGGUGAAGAAGUCAGACGGCACUCACCCGGCCACACUGAUGUGCAGCGCUUACAGAUUUUACCCUCCAGCCAUCUCAGUGACCUGGCUGAGGAACGGGAAGGAGAUUAAGGGAGGUGUGACGUCCACUGAGGAGAUGGCUGAUGGAGACUGGUACUAUCAGGUCCACUCCCAUCUGGAGUACAUGCCUGAAUCUGGAGAGGAGAUCUCCUGUGUGGUCCAACACGCCAGCUUCACCAAACCCAUGAACUAUAAGUGGGACCCCUCGAUGCCUGAACCUGAUAAGAGUAAGAUUGCUAUCGGGGCUUCAGGGCUGGUGUUGGGGAUCGUGCUUUCAGCUGCUGGAUUCAUCUACUACAAGAAGAAAUCCUCAGGACGGAUCCUGGUGCCGACAUAAAUGCAGGUCUCUGAGCAGAGAAACACUGGAGUGUUUGCUGAAAUGGCUUUAUCUGUUAAACAUCUGCUUUAUUCCUAAUAAUUUGUCCUUACUGAGAAAUGAGACAUUAAUAAGUGCAUCUGAGUCUGUAUUAUCCUUCACCUUCAUGUCGGACCAGCUUUAUGUAAGAUUUUGAUGAAACUGAUGUUAAAUAACUUGAUUUUAGGCUUUAUAAUAGUUCUGGAGUAGAAUCUGAGCUUAGAGACCACAUCCAGUGUGAAAUAAUGUACAACUGAAGGCCUUAUAAUGCACCUGAGAGUUCAAGAAUGAAUUCUUUUCAUUAUUAAAUCACCAGCGCCCCCUACAGUCUGCUUUAACCUGGAACACUUUCUCAGUUUCAGUAACAGUUUAUUAUUUCAUACUAACAGUGAUCUGUACAUUUCUGGUUUUGUAUCAUCACUCACCUAAGUUUUAUUUUAACUGUAAGAACUGGAUUUAUUCUUGAUUCUGUGUGUGUGCUGACUCCUAAUAAACUUUUGGUUGUAAAAGAAAUUGAUGUAAAAAUGUCUAUAAAAAGGAAAUAAAUCGUAAAUUAUAUAAAU